CUCACAAUCGUCAGCAACAUACCACACACAGCAGUUCACCGAGCGCGCAACAUCAACGCGAAGCCUAAACAUCUGUCAAAAAUUUUCGACUUCUUCCGCGUUGUGUAUCGUGUUUGGAACGUUUUUUCGCAUUGUAAUGUGUUUGUAGCUGUAUUCCACGCAAAAUACACUUUCCGGCCCAACGAUUGAAAAUAAACAGGCAGGAAAACAAGUAAACGCCGACCGCCAAGCGGACGCUUUUUUUAUUGCGCAUUAAAAACAACAACGCAUGAAGUGGGAAGGUUUUGACUCGCUCUCGACAAAAUCAAGUGUCGAUGCAUAGCAUAAAUCAGCAGGCACACACGUUUGCUUAGCUCUCGACUGGAUCGCCCAGCUCCAGCAACGUCACUAACAAUUGCUGCUGUUGCUGCUGCGCCCUGCGAGCUCGCGCCGUCUGGAUUCGGUGCAUACAAUCGAUAAUACGACAGUCAGACUGCGUUUGUGCCAAAACUCAACAGCUGGCCGUCGGUUGUGCGCUGAAAGUGUGUGCUGCAUAAAGCGAACGGAACUGGAAACAAAAAACCACAAAGCCCCGUUGCCCGUGGUGGAAGCUACGGAUGGAUAAUUAGUCCCAGUUCUCGUCAGCAUCUGCUUAGUACAACAACUCAUCCUCUAUCGUGCAAAUAUAAUUGUGCCUUGUGUCCGGAACCGCAUAUAUACACGACGGGCUGGGGAGAAGUGUCCUUCGCUUUCCACAGCAAUUUAAUAUCAUAGUUUGCGGCAGGUGCGAGAGUUUGUUGUUGGAGAGCACAGCAACCAAUUAAUACCCGUGGUUACUGGAGCCCGGGUCCUAUAGCAACGGCAGCUACCCAACCAUCCGCAGCAACCAAAAACGAAAGCAAAGAAACCAAGGGCAACCUAGAGCUGCUUGCUGGUUGUUGCCACCUAUCCCUAGGAGAGAGAGUGCAAACACCGCCGUCUGUUUCCCCGGGGGCUUUACUGGUGUCAAACUGCACCAUACACGCACACACAACGCAUUUAACAAAACAUUUUGCUUCAGUGAGGAGUGUGUGAAAACACACAAAAGUGAGCCAGAAAGUUAAAAAAGCCACCAAACACAACUUUUCCCAGCAUGGCGUCCGGAUCAGUAUCCGUUUCCACAGGAACAAAAACCACCAACAAAACUGGCAUGACCGGUACAGGAACUGCAGGCGUCCCAACCGGCGGUGCGGGAGGUGCUGGCGGGCGCAAAAAAUCCGGCCCCAAAUUCGAACUAUCCGACGAACAGCGUCAGGACAUCAAGGAAGCGUUCGAUCUGUUCGAUUCGGAAGGCACCGGUAUGAUCGACACGAAAGAGCUGAAGGUAGCCAUCCGUGCGCUUGGGUUCGAACCGAAGAAAGAGGAGAUUAAAAAGAUGAUUGCCGAGAUCGAUAAGGACGGUUCGGGAAAGAUAUCGUUCGAUGACUUCCUGCAACUGAUGACCGUCAAGAUGGCGGAGAAGGACUCGAAGGAAGAGAUACUGAAGGCAUUCCGGCUAUUUGACGACGAUGAAACGGGCACUAUUUCGUUCAAAAAUCUUAAACGGGUCGCAAAAGAGUUGGGCGAAAACCUAACGGACGAGGAACUGCAGGAAAUGAUCGAUGAAGCGGAUCGGGAUGGAGACGGGGAAGUUAAUCAGGAGGAGUUUUUGCGAAUUAUGAAGAAGACUAGCCUGUACUAAGGAAGGGCCAUUGUAUGGAGGAAGGUUUUAUGUUUAACGAUACCAUGGAUGCAUUUACUUUGAUUUGAAAGCAGAAGGUUUCUGAUCGUAAUACAGGAAGGACAAUUAUUGAAAGCCAAAGCCAAAUAUGGAGUAAACUAGCUACCACACGUCGGUCACAUAUGCGGGUGCUUACCGUCAGCGUAAACGUAUCACCAGGAAGAUAAACUCAAGGCUUGAAAGCGCAACAAACAUGAUUUGAAUUUAUCAACGAAAUAAUAAAAACUGAGGCACACAUGAGACUAAGAAUCUUCCAACGCAAUCUCCUUCACAUUCCACACCCGGGAGGGCACCAGUUUUAACCGUGUUGCAUUUAGCCAACAAGGCAAUAGAGGCAAGGUCACACUCAACACAGCAGACAAAAACAAAGCUUUACUGCGCGUAUGAUAACCCUUAUGUAUGGCACAGUGCUAGAGAACAUAGGAAUUUUUUCGAAAGAUGCAAGUGCAUCUCUUUCCUUACGACUUAUUACUCUUAAAGAGCUCAAUACAAAAAGCUAUUAGCAGUGCAAAAAAAACAACGUGAACGAAGCUAGCUAUUGAUAAAGAAAAUGUGAAAGAUCGCAUAUUUCAACCCGAUGACAAAUGUGUUAUUGAUAGUCUAUUAAUGAUAUAGAUACGUUCAAAGUAGAAACGCGUUCGAUUCAGAGCAUCUCGCGCGCGCACAAAGAAAACCACACAACUGGUGCAUGGUUAGGAAACAAGUUAACCAUUUGGAUUCCCACCUAAACAAAUCUUUUCGCUCCAGUUGCCACCUUUCGGGUACACUUUGCGUAGAGAAGCGCAGCACAACGAAAACGUGCUUGUUUUAAUCAGUAGACAAAGUAACAAUGCCAAAUGCAUCUAACCGGUUCAGCCGAUAUCACUUUUGCUGGAAUGUUUCGUACAUAAAAAACAAACAAAUAUACAAACAAACAAACAAGCUUUAUACCACACACACACAACUCACUAACUCGCGCGUUCUUAUCGCAUGCUUGGAAGACUAAGGAUGUAUUAAAAGCUAACUGUUUUACCGAUUGCCUAGUCGUGGAGAAUUUAGGGACGCAUUAGAUGGAUCUCCACCCCACUUGCAACGAGAAGCGGAUGCACACACACACCAUGGGCUUCUUACGAUAGCGGCGCAUAUUGUAGUGAGUUAUUAAACAAACAAAAGUCAUAGAAAAGUGAAACCCGAAAAAUGGAACAAAGCAAGGAAUUAAAAAUAAUGGGUUUUUAAUGUGAAGCGUGCUCGAAAAAAUUUACUGUGCUGAUACGAUAACGGAAAGGUUUAAGAGUGCGGGAUUGAGAUUUAAAUACGUCGACAUACACACACGAUGCUAUGUAGUGCAUAAAACGGGACUUGAUCGUUCAAAUACAAAUAAUAUAUAUUUU